AUGGAAAGUGCUGAAAAGAUGCCACUUCAUGGAUUCCCCAUAGGAAUUGCUGAAGCAAUUGACCUACCAGAUAAUCAUGCCUACAUUAAAGCUUCGCCCAAUUUCUUUAGAAACAGAAAAGUGGAACCUGACAUUCUGGCUCAUGUAGAAGAAGAACUUGAUGCCGUUGCUCGUGUAGAAGAACCUGUGGUCCCUGCUCGUGUAGAAGAACCUGUGGUCCCUGCUCGUGUAGAAGAACCUGUUGUCCCUGCUGGUGUAGAAGAGCCAGUCACUUCUCUUGUAGAAAAGCCGGUCACUGCUCAUGUUGAAGGCCGGAGAAAACUAAAAAUUCCUAGAUCUUUUAGCUGCGUGAAUGAGCAAAAAGGCGCUAUCGAUACGACUCCUCCGAUCGAGUCCGUUAAAGAAGCUGUUUCCAGGUUUGGAGGAAGCAUAGAUUGGAAAGCCCGUCGUGCUCAGAAUAUCCAGCAGAGACCCAAGAGUAUGGGAGUAGAACUUGAAAUAUCAGAUGAGAUCGCCGAGCUGAGGAGACAAGUCAAGUUCCAGCUACCUGAGGAUCUGUACAGCACCAACAAACUUACAGAAGAACUGAAACAAAACCUAGAGAGGGCACAAAGAGAAGAGCAUGAAGCGACCCAAGCCUCAGAAGCCGCGAGGCUCAAAGCUGAAGAGUUGGAGCAGGAAAUUGCACAUGAAUCCAGGCACGCAGCUGCACUUUCAGAUUUAAAUUCCACAAACGAGGAACUAGAGAGACUGCAUGAUGAGUAUGCUUGUAUGGUGAUUCAAAAGGAUAUAGCUGUUAAAAUGGCUGAAGAGGCUGUUGCUGCAUCCAAAAAAAUUGAGCAGUCGCUGAAAUAUUUGACUUUUGAGUUGGAGUCAUUGAAGUUGGCACGAACUUCGAGCCUAAGAGCAGCAGAUAAGGACUGCUGUAAUUGGAAGCUGGAACUUCAACAUGCAGAAGAGAAGCUCCAGAGACUCAACCAGCAAGCUUUGGCAAUGAAGGAUCUCAAAUCUAAACUGGGUGCAUCUUCUUCUUUAUUGCUUCAUUUGAAAUCUGAAUUAGCAGCAUAUAUGGAAUCCAAAUUAAAACAGGAGGGUGAUGAAGAACCGAAAAAGGCACUUGAGAAAGUGAAAAUCAACAUAGAGAAAGCAUCUGCUGAGCUUGACUCAGUUAUUACAACUAUUAGACGAAGUGAGGAAACAGUCUCUGUUGCAGUUGCAUCUCUCAAAGCUGAACUGGAGACAAAGUCUCAAAUAGCUUCAAUCGAGAUGAAAAAUAAAGGAGCCAGAGAGAUGAUUGACUUUGAUAAGAAAGUAGAGCAAGCAGCGCAAGAGGCUGAUUAUGCUAAAUCACUUGCUCAGGCAGCUCAAAUAGAGCUGCGUAAAGCUAAGGAAGACGUUGAGCAAGCCAAGACCAGAGCAAGUGCGGUUGAAAGUAGGUUACAGGCAGCACAGACAGAGUUAGAGGAUGCCAAGUACUAUGAGAAGGUGGCAAUAGAAGCAGUUAAAGCAUUGCAAGAGAGCGAAUCAGUUGAAAAGAACUAUGACACGGAUUCUCCCUCUGAGGUAACACUAGGACUGAAAGAAUAUUAUGAACUCAGAGAGCGUGCACAUGAGGCAGAGAAGUCAGUUGAUUUGAGGGUUGUAGCAGCUAAUUCUCAAAUUGAGAUUGCUAAGGACUCUGAGUUGAAUAGCUUAAAUAAGCUGGAGGAAGUGAAUCAAGAGUUGGCUGCGAGAAGGGAAUCCUUGAAGAUGGCAACUGAGAAAGCUGAGAAGGCCCAGGAAGGAAAAUUAGGUGCAGAACAGGAGUUACGGAAGUGGAAGGCUGACCAAGUGCAGAAAAGGAAUGCUAGUUUAGAGCUGAAAAAGGAAUCUAAUAAAUCUGACCAAACUAAUGUGCAUUCAAAUAAUACUGCAAGCGGAUCAGCCCCAGAAACAGAGAGCAAGAAGAAGAAGAAGAAGCAACUAUUUCCAAGAGUAAUUAUGUUCUUUUCCAAAAGAAAGGCCCGCCGCAACAAGUGAAUGUAAUCUUUGGAAAAAAAAACCAAUGCACGGAAGUUCUACCAUAAUCCCCCAUCUUUUGUAAAAUUAUUUCUCUCAAUGAGAUUAAAGUUCUUGUAUGGUUCAUAAACCUGAUGGGACUUGAUUCUCUUGGAGAUGGUUCAAGUGCUGUUAAUUGUGAGGCAUAGAAUAAGACUGUCAUCAGUUUGGCUGUGAGAACAG